UUCAGACCAACCCAGUCCCAGAGGAAGCAGAGUGAAUGAGAGAGGGAGAAAGACAAAGGAUAUUGAAUAGGAAGACAACACAUGACCAGAACACAAGAAGACAGUCAAGAAAGGUUCGCAUUUAACUUGUAGUGACUGAUCAACGGCUGAGAGAAAGAGAGAGAGACAGAGAGAGACAGAGAGAGACAGAGAGAAAGAGAGAGAGAGAGAAAGAGAGAAAUGGGGGUAACAGCAGUUGUGGGUAUGUGCCUGUUGCUGACUACAACUCUGGGGCAGAGUGUGGCUCGAAAGACUGGUGGUGGUAGUAUAGAGACUGGUGGUAGUACAGAGAACGGUUCACCUGGUAGAGCAGACCAUUUAACUGAUGAUACUAGUAGCCCAGAGAUUGUAAUUGGUCAAACUGUUGAUACUGGUAAUGAUGUAACAAUCGGUGGUCCAACUGGUUACGUGGGCCGUCUGCUGGUAGUACCGAUGGACGGAAGCCACUGGGUGGGGGUUAAGGCCAUCACCGAGGAGAUGGGUCGUCGUGGACACCAGGUUACCGUGGUGAUCCCCGAGGUGAGCAUGCGUCUGGGCCCCAGCAGCAACUGCAGGACUGUGUCAUAUCCUGUCCCCUACGGCCAGGAGACAGUGGACAUGCUGAUGGACAAGCAUAAAGAUAACCUGCGUGCUGCCACACUGCCCCUAGUGGAGCGGAUGACUCAACGCAUGGCUAAUAUCCAGAGUGUCAGCUCCUUCAUACUGACUACUGCUGAGAGUCUGCUGUUCAACACCACACUAAUCACAUCUUUGGAACAGCAGGGUUUUGAUGCGGUGUUGACCGACCCGCUGGUCCCUACAGGCAGUCUGAUAGCCAGGCGUCUGGGUGUUCCGUCUGUGUGUCUGCUCAGAGGGAUCCCCUGUGGUCUGGACCUGACAUCAGCCGCCUGCCCCUCUCCUCCAUCUUACGUUCCGCGCUUCUUCACCAAAUACACACAUAGCAUGAGCUUUUCACAGAGGGUGGGCAAUGUACUGGUGAGUCUGGUGGAGCCGUUGCUAUGCCGACUGCUGUACUGGCGCUUCGACCAGCUGGCCAAUCGCUUCCUGGGAGAGGACGUGGGUGUGGCCGAGGUACUGGCAGACACCGCCAUCUGGUUGCUAAGGUAUGACUUUACGCUGGAGUUUCCUCGCCCCCUCAUGCCUAAUAUGGUGCUGGUGGGAGGGAUCAACUGCCAUGUCAGGAACCCUCUGCCACGGGAGCUGGAGCAGUGGGUAUCAGGGGAGGAUGGCUUCAUCGUGUUCUCUCUGGGCUCCAUGGUGGCGUCUCUACCAGAAGACAUCACUCUCGUCUUCCUACAGGCCUUCACCCUCAUACCACAGAAGGUCCUGUGGCGGUACUCUGGGCCGGUUCCUGGCAACGUUCCAGACAACGUGAAGUUGAUGAAGUGGAUCCCUCAGAAUGACCUGCUGGCUCAUCAUGGUGCACGGGCCUUCCUGACCCACAGCGGGACACAUGGUCUGUACGAGGGGGUGUGUCACGCCGUUCCCAUGGUGAUGCUGCCGCUGUUUGGCGACCAACCUGACAACGCUCAGCGAUUGGCCAGUAAGGGAGUGGGCGUGGUCCUGGAUAUUAACCAUAUCACCGUGGAAACACUGCUACAGGCGCUGGACGAGGUUGUCAACAACCCCAGGUGAGACGGUCAGAGGAGUGAGGCGG